GACGGCGGCGGCGGAGGGGCGGCCGGGCCCCCCCGGGAGCUGCGCUGCAGCGACUGCAUCGUGUGGAACCGGCAGCAGACGUGGCUGUGCGCGGUGCCGCUGCUCAUCGGCUGCGUCGGCCUGGGGCUCAGCCUCAUGCUGCUCAAAUGGAUCGUGGUGGGCUCCGUCCAGGAGUACGUGCCCACCGACCUGGUGGGCUCCAAGGGCAUGGGCCAGGACCCCUUCUUCCUCUCCAAGCCCAGCUCCUUCCCCAAGGCCAUGGAGACCACGACCACGACCACCGCCACCGCGCCCCCCGCCACCCCCUCGGCCGCGGCCGGGACCGGCGGCGCCGCCUCUUCCAGGACGCCCAACCGGAUCAGCACGCGCCUCACCACCAUCACGCGGGCGCCCACUCGCUUCCCUGGCCACCGGGUGCCCAUCCGGGCCAGCCCGCGCUCCACCACGGCGCGGAGCCCCGCGGCGCCCCCGACGGCCCUGCCGACCACCACGGCGCCCUUCUCCGGCAGCAGCACGCCGGGCUCGAGGCCCCCGGUGCCCGGAAGCCCCAGCACCCAGGCGAUGCCCUCCUGGCCCACUGCGGCGCACGCUACCUCCUCCUACCUCCACGACUCCACUCCCGCCUGGACCCUGUCUCCCGCUCAGGACGCCGCCGCCGCCUCCACCGCCCCGGAACCUAGCACCGGCCCCAAAUUCCAUACAACAACAUAUUCCACCCAGCGAUCCGAGCACUUCAAGCCCUGCCGAGACAAGGACCUGGCCUACUGUCUCAACGACGGCGAGUGCUUUGUGAUUGAGACCUUGACAGGAUCCCAUAAGCACUGUCGGUGCAAAGAAGGCUACCAAGGAGUCCGUUGCGACCAAUUCCUGCCGAAAACUGACUCCAUCUUAUCGGAUCCAAACCAUUUGGGGAUUGAAUUCAUGGAGAGUGAAGAAGUUUAUCAAAGGCAGGUGCUGUCAAUUUCAUGUAUCAUCUUUGGAAUUGUCAUCGUGGGCAUGUUCUGUGCAGCAUUCUACUUCAAAAGCAAGAAGCAAGCUAAACAAAUCCAAGAGCAGCUGAAAGAGUCACAAAAUGGUAAAAACUACAGCCUCAAAGCAUCCAGCAUGAUGUCAAAGUCAGAGAGCUUGGUGAAAAGCCACGUGCAGCUGCAAAAUUAUUCAAAAGCAGAAAGGCAUCCUGUGACUGCAUUGGAGAAAAUGAUGGAGUCAAGUUUUGGUGGUCCCCAGCCAUUCCCUGAGGUCCCUUCUCCUGACAGAGGAAGCCAGUCUGUGAAACACCACAGCAGGAGUCUCUCCUCUUGCUGUAGCCCAGGGCAAAGAAGUGGAAUGCUCCAUAGGAGUACCUUCAGAAGGACACCCCCCUCACCCCGAAGCAGACUGGGUGGAAUCGUGGGACCAGCAUAUCAACAACUUGAAGAAUCAAGGAUCCCAGACCAGGAUACGAUACCCCGCCAAGGGAUAGAGGUCAGGAAGACUAUAUCCCACCUGCCUAUACAGCUGUGGUGUGUUGAAAGACCCCUGGACUUAAAGUAUUCAUCCAAUGAUUUAAAGACCCAACAAAAUUCGUCAAUAAAUAUGCAACUGCCUUCACGAGAAACAAAGCCCUAUUUUAAUAACUUGGAUCAAAAGGACCUGGUGGGAUACUCAUCCGCAAGGGCCAGUUCUGUGCCCAUCAUCCCCUCGGUGGGUCUAGAAGAAACCUGCAUGCAAAUGCCAGGGAUUUCUGAGGUCAAAAGCAUCAAAUGGUGCAAAAACUCCUACUCUGCUGACAUUGUCAACGUGAGUAUUCCUGUCAGCGACUGUUUUAUAGCAGAACAGCAGGAAGUGAAAAUAUUGCUAGAAACUGUCCAGGAGCAGAUCCGGAUUCUGACUGAUGCCAGGCGGUCGGAAGACUACGAGCUGGCCAGCGUAGAAACUGAGGACAGCGCGAGCGAAAACACAGCCUUUCUCCCCCUGAGUCCCACGGCCAAAUCGGAACGAGAGGCACAAUUUGUCUUAAGGAAUGAAAUACAAAGAGACUCGGCAUUGACCAAGUGACUGGAGACGUAGGGAUCUGUGCAGUCGAUGCUUUGCUCAACAGGAAAGAGAGGAAAUUAAAUACAAAUUAUUUAUAUGCAUUAAUUUAAGAGCAUCUACUUAGAGGAAACCAAAUAGUCUAUCGCCCUCAUAUCAUAGUGUUUUUUAACAAAAUAUUUUUUUAAAGGGAAAGAAAUGUUUCAGGAGGGAUAAAGCUUACCAUGGAAGCUUUUGGGUAGAAUUCUGAAUCCAAUUUUAGUUAGUCCUAACAUUGUCCUCUUUGGGUCUCAGAAGAUGUGGGCAGUUGAGACCCUUGGUCGUAUAGUGCCAAGGUCCCCAUGAAGGAAGCACUGGCAGGUACCUGGUUUAAGAGAAGAGCUCUGUCCCACGGAUGAUGUGCCAGGGAGCAGGUGGCCCUUGCCAUUCGGCGUGCUGAUCCCAACCCCUAAAUUUCUACUUAGCCAACACCCGUAUCACAGGUUAUGUCAUGUCAAGAAAUGUAGUGUUUUGUAUUUGAUUUUUGAAGAAUGGCACAAAAAUUGCAUAGAGGAGACAGCCAAUGGCGGGGAGUAAUUGGAGCAAUCUUUGCUGUACUCAUGCACCAUCUUCCUCUGAAAUUUGAAAGCUCCACAUCUCAGAGGGAGGUACAAAAUUAUUACAGAAAAUAAAAGAGACAAGAAACUCACAACAUCGUGUCACUAAGACGAUGCUAAUAGAAAUGUUUUCCUUGGAGUCUGUUUAGAAGCUCUGAAGGAGCAUUUCUCAGUGCGUGUGCGUGUGAGUGCACAUGUGUGAGCGAGCGUGCAAGGGUGUGAACUUGCUCCCUUGAGCACAUAUGCUCUUGCAGUGUGUUCUUUGUGCGUAUGCGUGUGCAUGUGUGUGUGUAUUAAGCUUGCUAAAAUUUGUUCUAAAACAUCAGGGAACCUAAUAGUCAGAUAAAAAUUUUUCCCUCUUGGAUCUGUUCACUUUAAAUUUUUCCAUUCAAUAUACUGUUCAGUUAGUGAGUUCUUAAAUCAAGGUCACUUGCAUGGUGGGUCCUAGAAACCUUGACAACGUCUAGACAAUUUUAUGAUGUGAAUCCUUUUGAAAGGAACAACUAUUGGCUUAUUGAUAUCAGUAUUACAAAGUGUAUUGAUGGGGGAUGUGUGUUUAUUUUGAACCAUGUCUACUUACAUUAGUUACAUGGGCCAAUUAUCAAAUUGACAGUUACCAUUUUCUUUCUCAUUAGCCUCAUUGCUAUUGGUUUUAGAGCAAGUCUACUAUGUGUGGACCAAGGAAGGCAUCGGCUUCUGUGGUUAAUAUGGAAAGAAUAAAUUGUUGAAAUCAAAAGCCCAAACUAUUCAGUUCACAAGAAACCCCCCAAAGACCAGGAAAUUGUGUUGUAUGUUCAUUUGGAAUAAAGCAAUAUUUUUACCACUGCUAAGGUGAACUGAAA